UUAUUUGAGUAAGUGCAAAAUAAUUUUGGAAAACCGGAAAAAUGGUUGAACCGGCGGAGCAUUUCUUGAAGUAAAGAUUGGAAAUAAACCCCUGAAACCUAUCUAACAUCACCUCGUCCCACAAAGUGAUGCGCUGAACGCGCCCCUCACUUAUCAGCUCGUACACUUUUGGGCGAUUGUUGGGAUGUUGUUGCUUGCUGGUGAGCUAUUUUGAUCGCGCGAUACAGAGAACAGUAAUCAUUCCAUUGUCCCUCGCACACGCCGGUAAAGAUCAAGAAUGUCAAGCGACCAAAGUGCAAAUGUGGAGCUGAUAAAGAAACACAUCGGAGAGUACCCGGACUUCCCCAAAAAGGGCAUCCUCUUCAAGGACAUCUUCACGGCACUCCGGAAUGGGGAGGUGUGUAAGGCCAUCAAGAGCGUGCUGCUGGCGUACGUUCGCGAGAACUGUCCGGAUGUGCAGGUGAUCGUCGGACUGGAAGCACGCGGGUUUCUAUUCAGUUUACUGAUAGCGGCCGAACUAGGAAUUGCAUCGGUUCCGAUACGCAAGAAGGGUAAACUACCGGGAACGUGCGCACGCCAGGAAUACGUGCUGGAGUACGGAACGGAUGUGUUCGAGAUACAGCAAGGCAGCAUAACUCCCGGUCAAAAGGUGUUGAUCAUCGACGAUCUGUUGGCCACCGGUGGUACGAUGACGGCUGCGAACUUGCUGGUACAGCAGAUCGGAGGCAUCGUCGAAUGCAAUCUCGUCAUUCUAGAGCUGACGCAGCUCGGAGGAAGAAAGAAGUUGGAAGCCAGCGGAGCGACCGUACAUUCCUUUAUACAUUACGACGAUAUCGAGUAACAGUCUGGUCCGGGACUGGAUCCCUGUUUCACAGUUCUUCCUUCUUCGUCUCCAUCUCCCGCUGGAAAACACUCUCUUAACGGAAGCAGCUGAAGCAGAAAAAAGACCAAAAAUGUAAUUUAGCAUCCAAACCUCGCUCGCUAUUUGAGUUAGAACCAGCCGAUUUGCAUCCCAUUUAUUCAAGUCACAGCCAAUGAAGCUCAGGGCGCAGUAGGAGGAUCUUUUAUGAAAGCUUUACGAUGUUGUCUGUAUUGUUAUUUCCGCGGUGAAUAAACACCAUUUUAAAACUGCA